AUGGUCUACACCGAACGUACUGACAAGUGCCUGAGCAGCACCACCAAGGACAACCAUUCCUCGAAGGGUCAGAACCAGUCCAAGUCGUCUACUGGCUCGGGAUCUGGAUCAGGAUCAGGAUCAGGAUCUGGAUCGUGGAGCAGUCAGGCCUCGAGUGCUGCAAAGUGGAAGUACAACAGCAUGGUGAAUAACGAUCGCCAGCAGUUCAAUGGCAUGCAUUUCUCCUAAAUCGGAGCCACAAUUCCAAAGGAAAUGUUUCCUCAGAAAAAAGGGGAACAACAUGAAAAGGGGGAACGGGGGAGCUUGUUGAUGUUGUUGCUUCUAUUUGGUUUAGCAGGGUUCGUUUUAGAUUAGUUUUGUAAGCUCUUUAUGGACUUAAUUAUUGCUAUGUGAUACAGAAAAAGAAAAAAAUAAUACUCCAAUUGGUUGAAAAAAUAUAAUCAGAAAAAAGAUGCGCAUAAAA